GACGCCAUGUUGGUGAAUGAAAUUAGCUUCAAAACAUUGAAAAACAGCUAGCAAUAUUAGUUGUUUAUAAUUCGUGGAGUAAUGCAUGUUAAAGCUUGUGGCCUCUUGUAGAUAUGACUUAGAAUUCAGUACACCUAUACAGAAGUCUCGUGUCUUAUUGUUCUGCUUAGGCAUAGUAAUAGUGUCACGCAAUGCACCAUGGAAGUGGUUCGCAGAGUAUGCAACGUCAGCUUCAAAAAUCCAAGUCUGUCAAUGGGUCAGAAGCAGAGGAGCAGCAACAGCUGGUCAUGGCAGCUACACAGCAGCAAGCAACAAUUAACCACCCUCAAUCUCCUGUGACCACUUUUUCUUCUGCCAGCCCUUCAGCCCCUCAGUCCCCCAAUUAUCAGAUAAUCAUGACGAGUCGAAGCCCAGCCAAUAGCCAGAAUGUGAACAUCACUUUACAAAAUGUGGUUGCUGCUAAUCAGCAGAUCACUCUGACCCCACUCCCCAUUCAGAACCCAGUAUCCCCUGGCUUCCAGCACACUACUUCUCAGUGGCGGUUGGAGCAUACCCCAUCCUCCUACAUUCAGGUCACCUCCCCUAUGCCCCAAACUAUUCAACCCCAAAGUCCCACCCAGCACAACCCAGUCUCUCUACAAGGUGUAACAAGGGCAGGGGCACCUCCAACAGCAUUGGGAGUGUGUGCACAGAGCCCAACACGAUUUGUUGAAGCUGGCAUGUUAGUUCGACAAAUCAGUUUAGGUAACCAAUCGGGAGGAGGGCACUUUGUUUACCAGGAGGGGACAGGACUGGCCCAGAUUGCACCAGCAGCUUCUGGCCAGGUACAAAUAUCGUCUGCAGGAACACCAGGCUCCGUGAGAGAACGACGGCUUUCUCAGCCUCACUCUCAAACUGGAGGUACAAUUCAUCACCUUGGACCACAAAGCCCUGUUGCCACUGGUACUAAUCUUCCUACACUGGGCAGCCCUGGUCACAUCACCACGUCCAACCUACCUCCACAAAUUAGCAGUAUCAUUAAAGGUCAGCUCGCACGCCCUAUGAUAUUUGAAAAGACUGCACAAGGUGUGGUUCCAGGAGUGGGAACCACAGCAACAUUCAGCAUACCCUCCUCCAUUCCACCCUCAAGCCCAUCUCUUACUAGUCCACCCCAAGGCAUCCCCAACAAUCCCCUUACACCAACCAGCAUGACUUCAGGAAGUAUGAAGAAGCAAACUGCUAAGAAGUUAGAGGAAAUUGCUCCUUCUACUCCAGAAAUUGCCCAGCUUAGAAAACAGUGUUUGGAGCAUCACACCAAGAAGAUGGAGAGCUUGAAAGAAGUGUUCAAGGAAUACCUGGUCGAACUUUUCUUUCUGCGACACCUUCAAGGGAACAUGAUGGACUAUCUAGCAUUUAAAAAGAAGCCAUGUGUUCCCUUGUAUACUUACUUGAGACAAAAUGACUUGGAUCUUGAAGAUGAUGAUGAAGAAGAAGAACAGUCGGAAGUCAUUAAUGACGAGGUAAAAGUUGUUACUGGAAAAGAUGGCCAAGCAGUGACGCCAGUUGCCAUAGCAACACAGCUUCCUCCUAAUGUUUCUGCAGCUUUCUCUACUCAGCAGCAGUUUCAGGGACACCAAGGGGUUGGUUCAGGCACUAUUGCAAACCCUGGAGACUUGGAUGCUUUUAAGAGGCAGCAGGCUAUGGGUCAAACAGGUGGUAUGCCACCUACUCCUCAAGCCGUCCAGAUUGCAGGACAGAAGCAGAGCCAGCAACAGUACGACCCAUCUAAAGGACCACCUGUGCAGAAUGCUGCCAGUCUGCACACACCCCCACCCCAGCUACCCAGCAGGUUGCCUCAAGGGACCCUCCCUAUGGCAGGCCUACCUAUGGCACUCUCUCAGCAGGUUCAGUUAGUGGAGAAUAUUUCGCAAUCUGGUGGGCAGCUCCAGGCACCAGUUCAAGUCCAGGCAGGUGGGCCUGUCAUGGCUACUGUGAACCCCCACACACAGCUCCAGACCCAGCUACAGCAGCAGAUACAGCAAGGUGUUCAUAUUCAGUUGCAGUCCCAACAGCAACAAUCCCAAACCAUUCUACAGGCAGGACAAGCGACUGUGACACUUGCUCGCCCUGGUGCAGAUCUAAACCAACCGGUACAGAGGAUUAUGACCAACUCUGUACCAUUAACGUCUGUGUCGUCUGCUCCCCUGUCCACUUCAAACUCUAAUCCAUCUCCCCAACCAACAAGUUCUCUCCGUCCUCUUGGCUCUAACAUUAACCCAAGCACCCAGUCCAAACUAACUGGAACCAACGGGGUAUCUGCAGUCAAAACAGGUAGCUUUGGCCAAAAUACCACCAUGCAGUCCUCGCAAGAUGGCGCUCAAGAUAAACAAGUGGAGCAGGUUAAACUGGAAAGUCAGGUGCAUCAACGUAUUUCAGAGCUGAGGAAGGAGGGUCAGUGGUCAGCUAGCAGACUGCCCAGACUUGUAGAGGCUUCUCGUCCAAAGUCCCACUGGGACUACUUGCUGGAGGAGAUGCAGUGGAUGGCAGCAGACUUUGCUCAGGAGAGAAGAUGGAAGGAGGCUGCUGCUAAGAAGCUUGUUCGCACAUGUGCACGUUACCAUCAAGAGCAGACAAAAAGUGAGGACAGAUCACAGAAAGAAAGGGAAAUUCAUCUCCGUCACAUUGCCAGCACAAUUGCCCGAGAGGUGGAAUUUUUCUGGUCAAACAUUGAGCAAGUUGUGGAAAUCAAACUCCAGUUUGAAAUUUAUGAGAAGAGGCUCAAAGCACUUUGUUUACAAAAAGCUACAGUGUCUGGACAGACAGGAGAUAAAGUCAAUAAAGCGGAGGGAGUCACCUCUGCUAAAAAAAGAAAAUCAAGUUUGUUCUUGAUUGAUGAAGAUGUCUCAGAUGAAGAGAGCACCAUAGAGGAGCAGGAACUCAUGGAAGGUCGUAUAGACCACAAAGCAGAAUUGAAUGCCCUCGCCAAAGACGCUGAGAUGUCUCUGGAUGCUUUGAAGAAACAGUAUGCUGGAGCUUACGCUGAAAGUUUUGAGUGGCCUCAGCCAAGUCCUCAUAGUGACGAGGGUGACAUGGAGGAGACUGAAGGAAUGGAAUGUGCUUCAGGCAGUCCACCUCAAGCUGUUUUGAUUGACUCCCUGCUUAGUAUGGACCAGUAUCGUGGUGCAGAUAAAGCCACGUCUGACUCGAACAGGAAGCUGGGCAGAGACAUAGCUGAAGUGGCUGCUGCCACAGAACUACUCUUGCCUAAAGGCAGCCUCAGAACCACAUCAUCAACUCGCAGCCCAGCACCUUUUCUAUUGCAUGGAGUGCUGCGAGAAUAUCAGCAAAUUGGUGUGGAUUGGCUGAUAAACCUUCACAAGAAACAGCUCAAUGGCAUCUUAGCUGAUGAAACAGGGCUUGGCAAAACUGUACAGACAGUGGCUUAUAUGGCCCACUUAGCAGGUCAAGAGGGCAUCUGGGGUCCCCAUCUUAUUAUAGUAAGAACAUGUAAGCUGCUAAACUGGGAGCUGGAGUUCAAACGCUGGUGUCCUGGCCUUAAGCUUCUCCUGUACUUGGGCAAUAGAAAGGAACGCAGAUCUAAAAGACUGUUGUGGGAUGAAUCCAACAGCUUCCAUGUAUGUGUGACAUCAUACAAGCUUCUAAUGAAAGAUCAGAGCCAUUUUCUGAAGAGAAGAUGGAAGCAUCUGGUUCUGGACGAGGUCCAACUCAUCAAAAACGUUACGCAGAAACACUGGGAAACAAUCUUUGCUCUCAAAAGUGAGCAGAGGGUUCUCCUUAUCAACACUCCUCUACAAAAUACUCUCAAGGAGUUGUGGACCAUGAUCCACUUCCUGUUGCCAGGAAUCACCAGGCCCUUCUGUGACUUCCCUGUUAAGGCAGGCACAGACCAGAACCAGGACUACUGCCACAAGCUAGUCAUCCGCCUGCACAGGAUGAUCCAGCCAUUCAUCUUGCGGCGCUCCAAAAGAGACGUGGAGAAACAGCUUCCCAAGAAGUAUGAACACAUCCUGAAGUGUCGUCUGUCCAGCAGACAGAAAAGCCUUUAUGAAGACAUCCUUACUCAGCUGGGGACUCAGGAGGCUCUGAAGACGGGUCAUUUUGUCAGCGUGCUCCAGGUUUUGAUGCGGCUGCAGCGAGUGUGUAACCACCCUGAGCUGGUGGCUCCCCGAGAGACCAGCAGCUCUUACUUCUGUUCUUCUCUUCAGUACAACGUCCCAUCGUUGGUUCUGGAAACUGUCAGGAAUCAGUCAAGCAAGAUUGCAAACCUGUCCAUAUUUGAUUUGAUCAAUAAUGAGAACAGACUAACUCGGUAUCAGACUGAAGAGGCAGUACCCAAACUAAAGGUCACUCAGCAGCUCAUAGAGGAAAUCUACACGAGCCCAGACCAGCCACCAAGACCCAAACCGUGUCCCAUUAAACCCAUGAGAUUGUUCCAGCCAGUUCAGUAUGGCACAAAGCCAGAAGGCCGCUUGGCUGCUAUUGGAAAUGCAGCAGGCCAGCGCCCUCCCACUAGCUCCCCCCAAACCAGUACUUCAACCUCCCUCUCCAGCCAGUCAGGCCAAACCAGGGGCAAGUCUCCUGUCACGACUGGAACGACGACUCCCACUUCUCAAGGUGGAGAUGUGGUGAAGAUUGCCCAACUGGCCAACAUAGCAGGCGGUCAGACUCGUAUCUCACAGCCAGAGACUCCAGUCACGCUUCAGUUUCAGGGGAACAAGUUUACUUUGUCACCCAGUCAGCUCCGACAGCUCACCACCGGACAGCCCUUGCAGCUUCAAGGCAACAUCCUGCAUAUUGUGUCGGCUCCGGGGCAGCAGAUCAUACGGCCACAAGGAUCCAUGGUUUUGCAAACAAUGCCUCAAGCUGUUCCCGCUUCCAGCGCUUCAGUAACACCUGGCACACCGCUUCCUGCUCUUUCAACAGCUCAGCAAACUCUGGGUAUGACAACAAAUGCCACAUCUUCCCCCACUAAGCAUACUGCAGUACACAGUGGUUCUCAGGAGCCUUUAGAAGAAAAGACCCCCCUCCUAAAGGAACGUCUGAGCCGCUUGUUUGAAGCGAAUGAGCAGCGCUGCAGCCGCAGAGUGCUGUACGGGGCAGAUGUUCUGCAGGCAUGCACCCUGAGCCCAGGUCCUGGUCACUCUGCUGGAGGCUGGAGGUGGGUAGGCAGUGAGAACUGUGUCAGGGCUCAGAGAACAUGUGUAGGUUCAACUUCUACACUGCAGUCCACUCUGCUUACCACGGAGAACCGCCUGGAGGCUGCCCAAAGUCUGAUCAAGAGGCUGACAUGCGUGGUGUCUCCAGCUGUAGCUCCACCUCCUCACCUGUAUGCAGCCAAUCCACCUGUUUCCUACAGCCUUGAACACAAGUCCUUUCAGAAGAGGCUGCUGGAGGCCUCUGCACCCCACAGUGCAGACAUCCAUCACUUAGCAUCCAGAUGUCUCUUGAGUUAUACUGACUUACAGUUAAUGCAGAUGGAUUCAGGUAAACUGGAGGCUCUUGCAAUUCUACUGCAGAAGCUCAGAUCAGAGAGCAGGCGUGUCCUCAUCUUCACUCAGAUGUUGAAGAUGCUGGACAUCUUGGAGGCCUUCCUGGAUUACAGGCAGCUCACAUAUAUGCGCAUUGAUGAAAGCCUCACUUGUGAUGAAAGACAGGAAAACAUGAAGAAGUUUAACAGGAGCAGGCAGGUGUUCUGCAGCAUCCUGACCAACCGCUGCUGCUCUGCAGUUGGGACCAUGGUCGACGCGGACACCAUCAUCUUCUAUGACACAGACCUCAACCCAACUAUGGACGCCCGCACCCAGGAGUGGUGUGACAAAGUCGGGCGAUCCAAGGACAUUCAUAUAUACAGAUUGGAGAGUGGGAAUUCUAUUGAAGAGAAAUUGUUAAAAAAUGGCACCAAGGACCUCAUAAGGGAAGUGGCUGCUCAGGGCACUGACUACACCUUGGCUUUCCUCACACAGCGGACAAUCCAAGAUCUGUUUGAAGUAGAGGCGGGUUCAGACGUGAAGGUAGAAGAGUUCGUGGUACUUCACCAGGAGCCGUCAGCCUCAGAAUCCAUUUCUCCCAAAGUAGCGAGACCCUACAUCCAGGCUCUCCGCAGUAUCAACCUGGAUGCUGAACCAAAGGAGGAAGAGGAAGAGUUGGGAGGCAAAGAGCCAACAGAGGAGUCAGAGAGCCAGACUGGAGAAGAGCCUGGUCUGACAGAAGAGCUGAAUGCAGUCAUGGAACAGCUAACUCCUAUCGAAAGAUAUGCCCUGCAUUAUCUGGAGUACCUUAACAUCAGUGAUGAUGAAGCUGCACUCAAGGAGAAGUUGGAGUGUUUCAAGAGAGGCUGGGAGGUGAAACAGCUGCAGAAACUGAAGGAGGAGGAGGAAGAGCACCAUAUGGCAGAGGGAGAAGAAGAUCUAUUCACUUACACCAGAGAGGACGCUUACAACAUGGAGUAUGUAUUUGAUGCAGAGGAUGGUCAAACAGAAAUAAUGCCGCUUUGGACUCCUCCCACUCCGCCACAAGAUGACAACGAUAUUUACAUUGAUUCUGUGAUGAUGUUAAUGUAUGACACCACACCCAUACCAGAGUCCAAACUGCCUCCAAUCUACAUUCGCAAAGAGCACAAGAGGCUUAAGAUGGACCCCUCCGCAGCCAGAAAGAAGAAGAAGGGCCACGGGGAGACAGUCAUACCUCCACGCUCUCUUUUUGAAAAAGCCAGCAUGCUCAAAGUUCGCCGUGAGAGCAAAGACCAGAAAAAAAACUUCUCCCUCAAGCAGCAGGUUCCUUUUGCCAAACCCCUGCCCUCGCUGGUUAAACCUGCCAUGGAGGCUGGUCAGGACAACCCAGAGUGGCUCAUCAGUGAAGACUGGGCUCUGCUGCAGGCUGUAAAACAGCUGCUGGAGUUGCCUCUGAACCUGACGAUCGUGUCUCCUGCUCACACACCUAACUGGGACCUGGUGAGCGAUGUGGUGAACUCCUGCAGCCGCAUCUACCGCUCACCCAAACAGUGUCGCAACCGCUAUGAAAAUGUCAUCAUUCCCAGAGAAGAGGGAAAGCUGGUGUAUGAGGCCAACCCUAAGAAGAAAACUAAGAGCAUAUACAAGUCUAAGAACAGUCGUCCUCUGAGGACCUGCCAGAUCUACACCCAAGAUGACAAUUCCUCCCAAAUUCAGCUAUACAACAGUCGCUUUGAAAUCAUGAAAAUAAUUGCCAGCAAGAGAAGCCCACCCAUCAAACCACUGCUCGGUAUGAAUCCAUUUCAGAAGAAUCCCAAACAUGCAUCAGUUUUGGCAGAAAGUGGGAUCAGCUAUGACAAACCCCUGCCCCCCAUUCAGGUGGCCUCUCAACGCGCUGAAAGAAUUGCUAAAGAGAAAAAGGCCCUUGCAGAGCAGCAGAAGGCCCAGCAGUUAGCCCAGCAGCAGCAGGCUGGAGCUCCUCAGGCCCAGGUUGCACCUGGUCAGGCCCAGACUCCUGCUGCUGGCCAAGCUCAGGUCCCUCAGGCUGCAGGAGUGCCUGGAGCCACUGCUGUGCCUAAUGCAGCAGUACUGACUGGAGCAAUUAAAAAUGUCACUGUAGGCACAACUAUUCAGGCUGCCACUGUAGGAGGGAAUGUGAUUGUGAACACAGUAGCUGGCGUCCCCCCAAGUCCCUUUCAGGCCAAUAAACGCCUGGCAUCUCCAGUCAUACCAGGCACCCUGUCUCCUGCAGGUGCAGCUGGAGCCCAGGUGGUCCAUGCACAACAGAGGGCUGUCACUGCUGCUGCUGCUCCCACCGAAGUGGUUGCGAUAGCUGCGGGCCAGAGCGUUAGAGCCGUGACUCCAGUGUCCGCAUCCGCAGUCGUUUCUACAACUCUAAGCCCAGUGCAGUCACAGAACCGCCCACUGGUUCCACAAGUAACACAAGGCACAGGUAUGCAGUUGACACACAAGGCUCCAACAUACCUGCAGAUGCUCCGACUGCAGCAGCAACAUCAGCAGCAGGCUACUUCCCCUCAGAUCAAAGCUGUAAACAAACCUCAGGAGUUGAUAAAAAUGCAGAAACAAAAGGUGCCGUUACAGCAGCAGCAGCAGGUAGCUGCAGCAGUGGCAGCAGCUCAGGGACAGCAAGCUGCAGUGACCCAGCAGACCGCCCAGGUGCAGCCCGCUCAGGCCGGCCAAGCUAGUCCACAGAUAGCAACGGUGGCAGCACCCAGAACUGGAACUCUACUGGCUACAAACACCGUUCAGGUGGCCAGACUGACUCGAGUGCCAGCCCAAGGUCAGAUUCAGGCCCAGGCAGGACAGACGGCUCAGGUGACCCUAACUAAACCCCCCGUGGUGUCUGUGCCAGCUGUGGUGUCUGGAGUCACCACACUGCCAGGAAUCAGUGUUCCUAUUGGACAGGCACAGAAAGCUGGUGGCCCAGUGCUGGCGUCGCCUUUCCCCCAGAUGCAGGUCCAGCAGUUGAUUCCGAUGAAGAAAGCACAACACCCGACAGCGAUUCAGGCUGCAGCCCAGCAGAAAGCAGGGCAGCCACAGCAGGGACAGGCUGCUGGACAGCAGAAGGUAACGAUGCAGGCAGCGCAGACAGCUCAGCAGCAGAAGGUGACCUACACUACCACCACACAACUCCAACAAGCCAUCAAACCCCAGUUCUACACCACCACGUCCAUCACCCAGACCCAAAAACCCACUACUACCCAGCAAAUCCAGGUGGCUAAAAUCCCACAAAUUGUGCAGCCAACUGUGGCCAACAUUCAACAGCUCGUGUCGUCUCCUCAGCAGAUCCAGGCCCAGCCUCAGACGGUGACUCUGACCCAGGCAGCCACAUCCACCCCCGCUCAGGUGCAGAUGAUUCCUGCAGGGACAGCCACAGCCCAGGUGGUGCAGCAGAAGAUCAUCCAGCAGCAGGUGGUGACAGCCGCCCCCUCCCCGCAGAUCCAGACACCGCCUCCGCACAGCCCCGCUCAGCAGCCUGCUGCCCCCUCUGCUGCAGAGUCUCCAGUGCAGCAGCCCGCUCAGCCCCAGCAACCAACCAAGAAUCAGGCUCGCCAAGGGGGCGUCCGAGCGAAAACGCCUGCCAAGCCCAGCGGGGGGAGCAGCUAGGAGGACCCAGCAAGUGUUUUUCUGCAGCCUGAACACACGAUGAAGGGUUGUUGGAGAUCUCCUGCUGUCUGAGUCCAAACUGGCAACAUUAACCACAGAAACCACUUUACUCCCACUGAUUCCACAUGCUCAGUGCUCAACUGUUUGAAGAUCUGUCAAUAUUUCUGACGGUAUCCAAAACACGUCUCACCGAAUCGAGCUCCCGUUUUGUUCCUGAACAUGGCGACUUUAAAAUGAGACUGCCCGGUCCAACAUCCACACCGUCAUGAUUAAUGUAAACAGACUGAGUGUGAGUGUCUUCAUAAAUGUCUCUUUAUGUCCACUUCUGUUUUUUACAUAUUUAAGUGGGGAAAAAAAUGCACGUUGCUUUAGCAGUGUUUUUAUUAUUAUUAUUAUUAUUAUUAUUAUUAUUUGAGUAAAUACACUGUAAACAUGUACUUUAGUAUUUUGUGUUUACUCAUAAAUUGGUUUUUUUUUAUU